AUGCCGCUGCUCGACGCGCUGAUGGACCUGCUGCCCCGGAACGUCGGCUUGACUUUGAAGCGGACCUUCGGCCCGCGCGUCUACCACGACAACCGCGUCAACAAGUUCCGCGACACCUUCGAGAGCCUGGGGCUCGACGAGGCCGACGUCGCGCGGCUGCACGCGCAGUUCCUGAAGAUCGACAAGGACGGCAGCGGGAGCCUCGAGCUCUGGGAGAUGCUCGACCACCUCGACCUCCACCGGACCAAGUUCGCGAAGCGCGUCUUCUCCAUCUUCGACGAGGACGGCUCCAACGAGAUCGACUUCCGCGAGUUCGUCGUCACGCUCUGGCAGCGCGGCGCCGGCGCCCGACGCGCGCGGUACUGCACGCUCGGGCGCACGCAGCUCGUCAUGUUCGCCUUCGACCUCUACGACCGCGACUCCUCCACCUUCUCGUCCGACUUGGCACGGCACACGCCGUCGUACCAAUUGCCGUCAACGAGGAACUCGCAGCUCUCGCCGACGUCGGGCCAGCGAUCCGCGGGCGCGAACUCCGGCGACGGCGCCGGCGACGACGCCGGCGACCCCGAGUACAGCGGU